AAGGUAUUCAGUGGCUUUCAAGCACUUUGUGGUCAUAAUUUCUCAGUGCAUCUUCAGUAUUGGUUUAUUGAGUUGUGGUUCUGUUAACAGUAAUUUCUGUUUUUUAAAGUCUUUUUUUCAUCUCUCCCCCAACUUUUCCCCUUAUUUUCCAUGUACAACCUUGUUUGUUUCUCAUCGCUAAAAUAUGCUCCAUCAGUGCAUCUGCAAGGUCUCAACUCCAGAUUAUAGUGUUCAGUGAUAUGCAGUUCAUGUAGAUUAAGAUCAUCAUGCCACAGUUCAUUAAACCACAUACGCUGGAGGAUCUUGCCCUGAGUGCAAUUGAAGACCAUGUAUCUCAGCUCUGUGUGCAGUUGAUGCAAAACAAAGUGCCAGAGAGCAAGAAGGUACGUCAUGCCCAAGAGAGAUGCAGACAACUUAAGUACAUACUGCACUGCACAUUGCCAACCAUAAUAGCAAAUAAAAUGACAGUUAAGUUGUUGAAACGGAUUGAUAGCUUGUAUGAUGACAUACGUGACUGUAUCAGUGAGUCCUGGUGUCAGGAAGUGAUCUAUGAGUUACUGAGUGCCAUUAUCCAUCCUGGUGUGACAAGGCUUGAGUUGGGUUCAGAACACAUGCACAGUUUUGACUACAGAUAUGAACUGAACUUUAUUGUGUUCUUUCUGUUUAACAAUUUGUGCACAAUGAAUGAUCUUAAAGUAAUACGACUUGGAAAUCAGUAUUGCCACAGAAUGUGGACAAACAGUGUGCGUGUGGCUGAGAGCCUGGAAGAGUUUACAUCUAUGUACAAAUGUAGCGAUGCUCUGUUGGAAGCUGUCACAGAGUCUUGCAAGAGACUAAAGCGUCUUCAUGUCAGCUGGUCUCCAAAUGUUACUGACGUGAGUGUCGGUGCCAUCCUGAAGUUACGACACUUGGAGGAACUAAGUGUAAUGGGAAAAAUAUCUCAAAAUGGUCUUACGCAGUUGCUGAAUGGAUUGGCUGCGAAUACAGGAUCUGGAGACAGAGAUUCUCAGAUGUGCUCUUCACAGUUAUUGAGUUUUGGAUGUUACAACAUUUCAUCCUUGCAUCUCAGUCUCCUCGUUGAACAUUUCCCCAAUCUUGUUGAACUCAAACUGCUUUGUAGUAACGAAUGUGAUCUUACUCCGUUGAAAAACCUGAAAUAUUUGCGAGGACUGUGGUUGUCAAACAUCAAGUUUACUGAAGUCAGACAGCUUCUUUGUGCAAUAGGUAGUCAGUUGGUAUACCUACAUCUCAUUUAUGCUGAAGCUCUGGAUGUUAAAUUUAUUGGGGAACAUUGCUGUUCGUUAUAUUGCCUGCAUCUAAUUGCUUAUGAUGAAACUGUUCCUUCUUCAGAAGACUAUGCACAUCCGCGUCUCCCUGGCUUUGAGUCAGUGGAAUGUCUUCAUCUUAAUUUCCCUGGCACAUCUUGGCCAAGGUUCUUUCUGCAUCAGUGUAAAAAUGUGAGGAAGCUUGUUGUGUACUUACGUAACAAUAUCAACUGUGAAAUGUUGGAAGAGGCCCUCCAACAGGCCACACUGAAACAUCUGGAGGAAGUCUAUUGGUCUCCAACCUGUCAGUUUGCACAGAAUAUUACUAGAUUGCUUAUUGAAAAAUGCCCAAAACUCAGAAUCAUUAGACCCUUGGAGAGAUGAAGUCUUGUGGUGCACUUCAAUUGAAAGUGGAGGAAGAUGAGGAAGUGGGAAUAAAAAUUAAUUAUGGUUCAGAAUAAAUAAUACCAGAUAAUCUUCCAGAUUUCCUAUGUCUUAUAUGCCAAAAAUGUUUCUUUCAUGAGCAGCACCAGAUUAUAUACAAAAUUACCAUAUGUUGGAUGCCAUUUUACAUGGUAAAUAUAUAAUUCGCUGGUCGCGGUAGCCGAGCGGUUUAAGGUAUGUACUGUCUUCGCUCGCUUGGUAACCGGAAAUAUGGGUUCGAAUCCC